AUGUACACCGACCUGAAUCCUCCUCUUCCUCUCGUCGACAUUCUCCUCUGGAUGCCCACAGCUUGUACUGUACAACUGGGCCCCGACAAAGCGGAUCUGGCGCCCAUCGGCAUGGCAGGAUUUGCCCCAGGCCGUUCCCACCCUGGGCUGGUCGAAUCGGGUGCCAUCUACUGGAACUCCCUCGCCUACGUGCUCCCUCGAUCUAGCAACAUCUCCCUCUCGCCGCUCUCUAAGCAGAGGUUACCCGUCAACUUCCUAAUCAACGAUGACGCGGAAUCCGAUGGCGAAUCCUGGGCCAACACUGCGGGUGCCCUAUCUUCUCCACAUCACAGCCGUCUUUCGACGCCGUCUGACCACGGCGCCGAGGUUCGUCCAGAAGUUCGACAAAAGGUGUCUGGCGUAACACUGCCCGGCUUUGAUGAUAUCGCCCGCCUAGCUGGCGGUCUCCUGCCCCCUCCUCCCGUAUCACCCACAAGCAUCACAAAAGUCUCGUCACCUGCGGCGCCGGCGCCCUGGAGCAGCUUCUACCGUGAAAACCUGGCCAUUCCCGUCACGGAUCCCAACGGUGAUCUCAUGUUUGACGAGAAUGGCGAGCAGAUCGUUCAGGUCUCCAAAGUAAGGGACCAGCCUAAGAAGAUUGGCCUCCUAGAUCGUUACCCCGACCGGGCGCUCGAUUACACCUGGGUGGAGUUCAAGGACAAGCAGCGUGUUUGGCACAGAGGGAGCCGACACAAGGCCCAAAUCGCGGCAGCAAAACUUCGCCAGCAGAGGCGCCAGGCUUACGCCUGA